AUGCAAAAGAACAUCUGCUAUCGGCAACGAAGGAGAAAGGAAGUCGUCUAUGACGAUUGCGUACUCGAGGACUCUUUGUCCCAAGGUGACUGGCCCAUCGAGGAGGACCCAAACGUGGACUACGAGAUGCUGCUCAGAGGAUUACGAGCCUGUGCUGAGCGUGCCUCGAAGCCGCGCACGACAAACUUGGAUCGAAUUUCGAAGACCACCAAGAAAUUGUUGGAAGGAAGAAGGGCUUUGAGGCUUGAUCCGGAUGCAUCGCAAAUUGAACGGGAUCUCCGCGAAUAUAAUAUCCCACUAGCAGCCUUGCUGAGCGAAAACGGGACUCGCACGUCUUCUCGUCGUGAGAUGGAAAUCAUUACGGAGAGAGUCUACUCGAACCUUUUCCGUUCAUCAACUCCUGUGUCAAGCCCGAUCAUCCCCACUGGUGAAGCUCCACUACAGAUUCCCCCUUCGGAAUUACGAGUCGCUAUCAAGAGCAUGAAACCUGGCACAGCUCCCGAACCUGAUUUUAUAUCAGCAGACCUUCUUCGGGCUGGUGGCCAUUCACUUCAUGUAAUCUUAGCAGCGCACAUGACAUCCUACCUUCAGAAAGAAAGGACCCCAGACCAGUCGAAGACCUCGCGAACCGUUCCUAUCCAUAGGAAGGCCACCGAGAGGACCUUCGGAACUACCUUUCGAUAUGCUUGCUGA